AUGACAUUUAACUUAAUGUAUAAAAGUGAUACCUUUUGGUCACAUAUUUUACAUGGCACAACUAUUGGUGAAAGUUUACUCAUUUCAGUCAUUUUUAAAUUUAAAGAUAAAAUAUAUAUGUAUUAG